AUGUUUAAGCCCACAUCCAUUUGCCUGAGUGCCCUCUCGAAACGUACAAAGAGGGUUAAAGUACAGAUUUUAAAAGAUUUCCCCCAAUUCCUGUUGUACAGAGGUGAAGUAGCACAAGUCAAACCAUCAUUGAUGAGAAAUUACUUGCAUAAUUACAAUGGUGCUCGUUACAUUUUACAAGAUAAUGAUAUCGAUUUGGAGCUAAUGAAAUCUUUCGAGCAGAGACAAGAAGAGUUAAGAUCCGCAAAGUCGGAAUCUAAGACUAAAGAAGAUGCUGUACAUACUGCUGAUACAACGCCAGACAAAUCCUCCACACAAUCUCCAGCACAAACAACUGCACCACAAUCACAACAGCAGGAGCCCGAAAAGCCUAAGGGUGUAUUAGAAAAAGAUAUCACAGUUAAAGACAUUAAGAUCCCCGGGUUGGACCUCUGA